UUUCUCUCUCUCUCUCUCUGCCUCUCACACACGCUCCCUCCCUCCCUCAAACACGGGCGAAGCAGGGUUGGGGGGCGGGAGGGCGGGGAUCCUUUCUGGACCGAUAUUGUGCCUCAGUGCUGGGGGGAGAGAAGGGGAGGAAAGCACGGGCGCCCCUUCUCUCCUCCACCGCCUCCAAGUAGCUUUGAGGAGCUGCCCUUCCUGCCCCCCACCCCCUUUCUCGCGGGUCCUUUGGCACCUUCCAGACCAUGUCCACUGGGUCCCUCAGUGAUGUGGAAGAUCUUCAGGAGGUGGAGAUGCUGGAGUGCGAUGGCCUGAAAAUGGAUACUAACAAAGAGUUCGGGGCAUCCAACGAGAGCAACGAGGAGGGAUCCAACGGCGAGAAUGGCUCCCCUCAGAAGGGGAGAGGGGCCUCAGGAAAGAGGAAAAAAGCUCCCCCCAAGAAGAGCCCUUUAAAUGGAGUGAGCCAGGAGGGAAAGCAGGUCCAGAGAAACGCUGCCAACGCCAGGGAGAGGGCGAGGAUGAGGGUCCUUAGCAAAGCCUUUUCCAGGCUUAAGACCACCCUGCCCUGGGUGCCCCCAGACACCAAGCUCUCCAAACUGGACACCUUGAGGUUGGCCUCCAGCUACAUCGCUCACCUGAGACAGAUCCUGGCCAAUGACAAGUACGAAAAUGGCUACAUCCACCCGGUCAACCUGACCUGGCCUUUUAUGGUAGCCGGCAAACCCGAGAGUGACCUGAAAGAAGUGGUGAACACAAACCGCUUGUGCGGCCCGACGGCAUCCUGAGCCCCGGCAGCACCGGCCCGGCGCGGGCAGGGCCCCGCCGCCGCCCCCGGCCCCGGGCAGAGCCUCGGGGAGAGCCGCUCGCCCCCCCGGCGCGGCGCCGGCCACCACGGGCGCCCUAGCAGAGACUCCGUCCACCCCGAGAGAGAGAUCCCGACUCUAUUUAACUUUAUUGAAUGCGUGUACAGUCGAGUGUCCCGCACCGAGAGCCUUGCUGGUUCAAGCGCUACUAUAGAAGAGACAGAGAUCAAACAAAACCUACCAAGCGCGUAUCUUUUGUCUGAGACCUGUGAAAUAUGUAGAUGCCUAGGAAAGAAAAAAAGAAAAAAAGAAAAAAAAAAACUGACUUUGACAGUCAUCUCUAUGGAGUAAUUCACCCUAAAGAUAUAUAGAUAUAUUUUCUCCAAGCAGGUUUUUGCUCUGUUUCCGUGAAUAAACCUUCCUUUCCAUUGAA